AUGUUUACCUCAUUUGUGGACUCAAAAAUUGUUUCACAAUGGGAAACACCGGACGAAAAUCUGCAAAUCUUUGAUUCGCGGAUUCAAGCUCUGCGAACCAAAUAUGGCCUGCAAAUGGUGCGCACUCCUACUUACGAAAAAGCACCACCAUCAUUCGACUCAGAAGAAGUGAUUGUGAAACGUGAAGAAGCACUUGACUAUAUAGUGCCAGUGCCACAUGAACUUCCCGGCACAUCAGCAAAAAUCUACGACGGAACAUUCCCUGAGCUUAAUGAAAGUGUUCUGGAAGGUUCCUGUAUUCGGAGUCCAAUGCCUUCGCCGUGGAAACAGCGACAUCGAAGACUGCGCCCUAAAUUACAGGAGGUGUUUUUUACGGUCAAUGUUUAUUAG